UGAAGUGAAGAGCGCGAGGAGACGGGAGUGAUGGAUAUCAUCUGAUUCUUCCACUUAACCGCGGAUAUUCUCCCACACAGAGGAACAGAGAGAGAGAAGAAACGCUUUUCUCAGACUGAAAUGAAUUAAGUAAGAUGUACGAGCGUUUGUUACAUUGACUCUAUCGAUACGAUCGGAGCUCGAGCACAACACACACAGCGCGCGCACCAGAAUAUGGAAUAUCACCGAUGCUCGCAUUGAUCCCGUUGAGGAAACUGUUUUUUCUGCUUUUGGUUUAGUUUUCUGAAGUUCAUCAAUGUGACUGUCUGCUCGGGAUUGUAGCGCUUUUUAGGUGAUUUAGGGACAUCGGUUUGUCCGGAUAAAGGCGAUUGAAGUGUAACGGGACUUUAUUUCCAAGGGUGAUGGAGUUUCGCAGGACUUUAAAUGCUCUCUUCAUCGCGUUCACGUUCAUCUGUUUGUCUCAAGGUUCUCGUCCCAGGCUGGAAGAUGCCGCCCCACGCAUCAUCGAACACCCUUCAGACCUCAUUGUAUCUAAGGGCGAACCCGCCACUUUAAAUUGUAAGGCAGAGGGCCGGCCGACCCCUAUGGUGGAAUGGUACAAGGAUGGCGACCGCGUCGAAACCGACCGUGAGGACCCGAGGUCCCACCGCAUGCUGCUCCCAAGCGGCUCUCUCUUUUUCCUCCGGAUCGUUCACGGGAGACGCAGCAAACCCGACGAAGGGGUGUACGUGUGCGUGGCUAGGAAUUACUUGGGCGAGGCCGUCAGCCGCAAUGCCUCCCUGGAGGUCGCAAUUCUCCGGGAUGAUUUUCGACAGACCCCCAGCGACGUGGUGGUUGCGGCAGGAGAGCCUGCAGUGAUGGAGUGUAUUCCUCCACGAGGCCACCCAGAACCAACCAUCUCCUGGAAGAGGAACAACGUGAAAGUGAACGAUAAGGACGAGAGGAUAACAAUACGAGGUGGGAAGCUGAUGAUCUCGAAUACACGGAAGAGCGACGCCGGAAUGUACGUUUGUGUCGGCACUAAUAUGGUCGGAGAGAAAGACAGUGACCCUGCUGAGCUAGUAGUAUUCGAGCGGCCCAUGUUUGUACGUAGGCCUGUGAAUCAAGUGGUACUCGCGGAUGACACAGUGGACUUUCAGUGUGAGGUUCAGGGAGACCCGACUCCAACCAUACGCUGGAGGAAAGAGGAAGGAGAGCUGCCACGAGGAAGGUUUGAGAUCCGUGCCGACAACAUUCUGCGUCUGAAUCAAGUGAAGGCUGAAGAUGAAGGAUCAUACACCUGUUUAUCAGAAAACAGUGUGGGCAAAGCGGAAGCAUCCGGAACGCUUCAAGUCCACGUUACUCCUCAGAUUGUGGUUCGUCCUCGGGAUCAGAUCUCUGCCCAGGGCCGUACUGUCACCUUUCUUUGUGGCACAAAGGGAAAUCCCCCACCUGCCGUGUUCUGGCAGAAAGAAGGCAGUCAGGUCCUGCUGUUCCCCAGCCAACCUCCGUCACAAUCAGGCCGUUUCUCUGUGUCGCUGAGUGGAGAGCUGACCAUUACAGACGUGCACAGCGAGGAUUCUGGGUACUACAUAUGCCAGGCCAUCAGUGUGGCGGGCAGCAUUUUAACAAAAGCCCUCCUAGAAGUGGAAAGCACCCCGUCUGACCGGAUCCCCCCCAUCAUCCGCCAAGGCCCGGCCAAUCAGACUCUCGCCCCAGGCUCCACCGCCCAAUUGCAGUGUCACGUAAUGGGGAACCCUCUUCCCAGCAUCCAAUGGGAGAGAGACGGACAGAGGAUCCUGGGCAACGAUGCUCGCAUUAGCCUAAUGGAAAACGGCACUUUGCAAAUCACAGCCCUGCAGGAAACGGACUCCGGGGCCUACACCUGUGUUGCUUCCAGUUCGAGUGGAGAGACAAGCUGGAGUGGGGUUGUCACAGUGAAAGAAAAUGCAGGUCUUUCUUUACCCCCGGUUUCAGAGCCCUACCAGCUCCCCGGUCCGCCUCAGAAGCCCGUCGUAACUGACGUGACCCGGAACAGCGUGACUCUGACCUGGCAACCCAACGCGCAUGAGGGUGGAGCCGCCGUCACUUCUUACAUUAUUGAGGCUUUUAGCCAAUCAGCAGGCAGUACGUGGCAGACGGUUGCAGAUUUAGUGAAACUGGAGAAGCACACAGUAACCGGGCUGUCUCCAAACACCAUUUACUUGUUUAUUGUGCGGGCGGUAAACGCAUAUGGCCUGAGCGACCCCAGCCCUAUCUCGGAGCCCGUACGAACACAAGAUGUAAGUCCUACUGGUCAAGGUGUGGACCACAGACAGGUUCAAAGGGAGCUGGGAGAGAUGGCCGUGCAGCUUCACGAGCCAACGCUCCUGACCGCGUCCAGCGUUAAGAUCAGCUGGAAUGUCGACCGUCAGUCUCAGUAUAUCCAGGGUUAUCGCUUGCUUUAUCGUCCUGUCGGCGGUUCCUGGUCUCAACAGGAUGUGAAAGCGGCAACGGAGCGGAACGCCAUCAUCACCAACCUGCUCAAAGGCACGGAGUACGAGAUUAAAAUACGACCCUACUUUAAUGAGUUCCAGGGGAUGGACAGCCGACCGCUGACGUUCCACACGCCAGAGGAGGUGCCAAGUGCCCCCCCUCGUGCUGUAACCGUGGCAACAGUCAAGCUCAGCAACAGUUCAAGCAUCAGCGUGUCGUGGCAGCCUCCUCCCACUGAGAUGCAAAAUGGAGUCAUUCAAGAAUAUAAGGUUUGGUGUAUGGGAAACGACUCCCAGACACGGUAUCACAUCAAUCAGACUGUGGACGGGAACAUGCUUACCACUUUGUUAAAAGGACUUCUGCCCGGCUUGUUGUACCAGGUUGAGGUGGCCGCCGUAACCAGCGCAGGGGUGGGCGCCCACAGUCAGCCCGUGUCUGUGCUUAUCAAAUUGCCCGCAGAGCAGCCCGCAGUCACAGGUGGAGGCAGCGAAUCCGACGAGAACGUCAGUCUUUCUGAGCAGAUCACAGAUGUAGUGAAGCAGCCAGCUUUCAUCGCAGGGAUUGGCGGUGCAUGCUGGGUAAUCCUUAUGGGAUUCAGUGUGUGGAUUUACUGCAGACGCAAGAAGAGGAAAGAGCUCAGCCACUACACGGCGUCCUUUGCGUACACACCUGCAGUUGGUUUUCCACAUGGAGAAAGUUCUGGACUGAAUGGAAGGCCUGGUAUGUUGGGUGCGAACAUGGGAAAUUACCCUUGGCUAGCCGACUCUUGGCCAACUACAAACCUCGUACACAAUGGGAAAGACUCUGUGAACUGCUGUACGUCUAAACACGACACAGCGGAGAGAUAUUACAAUGAAGCAGGAAUCUCUAACUACCUGAACCAAACUGAGAAAUACAGCACCGAGUCCAAUGAAGGCCCCAUCUACAGCACCAUUGAUCCCACCAGCGAAGAUCUGCGCAGCUUCACCGCUCAAUACUCUCAACACACCACACCCUACGCCAGUACUCCCAUCAUGCCUUUCACCAACCAGACGCCUUGCAGUCCAGAACAAGAUGGCAGCCACUGGAUGACUCAGCCUGGAACCUCCAGUUCUCAGUAUGCGCAGCCAGACCGUUCCAAGACUGAUAAUGCAAAACAAUCAAAGCAGAAGUUGAUGGGGAAGGCAGUAAAAACUCCAUCGCUCAACUGGAUAGAAGCGUUGCCCCCUCCGCCCCCCUCUGGAGAUCUUGACGAGUGUGAGGAGGAGGAUGAGAACGAACUAAUCCAGGAUAUGGGGUCAGAUGAAGAAGACUGGUGUCCUCCUCUCCCAGAGAGGACUUACCUGAUGGAUGGUAUAAUCGAGGACGGUCCUGCUCCACCUCCGAGAGGAGACGCCUCCUCACCCACCACUUCCUACAGCCACCAGUCCACAGCCACCCUAACACCAUCUCCUAGAGACGAUAGCCACUGUCACGAUAUACCACGCUUAAACCAACUCGAGCAGACACAGAUAGCACGCCGGUUGCCGUGUGGACCAGUGCCUGUGCCACGAGCACCAAGCCCACCUCUCACCCAAUCCAACCCAAACCUGUCAGCCAAUCAGGAGUGCUGUGACAACACUGUGCCACACCGCUCCGCACACAAGCGGGACCUGAGCCAAGGAGCUGCCCAAAGCAUAGAAAACAUUAGCAACACUACACCAGGUCGAGCGAGGCCCUCUACAGACAACACGCACACGCCUCUCGGGCAGAAAUCCAAAGUGAAAAAGAAAACCUCUAAGAGCGUUCAAUACCGGAGAGAUAUACUGCAAGGCGAUCUGCCCCCUCCUCCUGAGCCUCCUCCCGAGGUUCAACCUGACUGUGCCCAUGUAGGGGGAUUCGAAAGUGGCCAGACGUCUUUGGAGAGAGGAGGAAGCUCUCAUUCCUCUAUGGAGAGGAGAGAACAGGGAACACCCAAUCGGAAAAACUCUUCACAUAGACGAAAAGAUGUAGAUGAUGAUUUAAUUCCUUACAACAAGCACAACUUCCUGUCUCGGGGUCAGAUGUCCAGCAACUGCUCCACAACAGGAAGUUCAUCAUCACGAGGGUCAACAGGAUCACGGGGGCAAGGAGCGGGCAGAAAGAGGAAUGAUGAGAUGAGAUAAGAGAAAGCUGUGAGAUGAACAACGUUGGACCCAAACGUCCCUCAGUUCUGCGUAAUUCCUCAACGGAGCAGAAGAAACCAAGCGAACAGGACGAGUGUACAGCCGUCUCACUGAACCAAUCUCGGACUUUUGAUUAUGUCAAUUAUUGUUAUUAUUGUUAUUUAUGGGGCAUUUUUUCAUCCCGCCCUCACUGUAAAUAUCAUCUGUUGAAGCUUUUUACACGGGGUCCGGACGCAAGGAAAGAAGACUAUAUUGUAUUUAUACAUGAAAGAAGAAAUGAAAUCAUGUUGAAAAAAGCUCCAAUAUUAUAGAUAAGUUCAUGUCUGAAUGUGCCAACCUCUUUUGUAGAAAUGUAUACAGGAACGUUACAAAGCAUAAUAAUAUUGCACUCGCGUUGUGUUGGAAAACAACAAAAAAAUACGCAAUAGCACAAUACGUGUUGUUUGACCAGCCAGCUAGACGGCCAGUUUCACAGUCUCGUCGAGGAACGCUUUUGGCCAUCCAUCUGUGGAUCCCCGUCGUACACUUACCAGAGAAUGUAGUUCCUUUCCCUUUCUUUUCAAAGCCAAGAGAGUUUGUCAUUUGACGAAUGUUGUGAAAGAUUGUACUUGUCUUUUUUUUAAAGGAGUGUUUUGAAGACAGUAAGAAAAUGAAUUGAGUUCAAAAAACAAAAUGAUGUUCCUUUGACUAACUUUUUGGUAGUCCUUGUUGUUUUGUACAAAUAAAUUACA